ACCUGGCCCUGCCAUGGAGACCUUCUUUAGGAGACGCUUCCUGCGGAAGGCGCUGGGCCCCGGGGAGGGGCAGCGGCGGCCCAGUGGCGUGGGGCUGCCCACAGGCAAGGCCCGACGCCGCUCCCCUGCCGGGCAGGCCUCCUCCUCGCUGGUGCAGCGGCGCCGCUCCAGCGCACAGCUCCAGGGCUGCCUCCUGAGCUGCGGGGUGGGGGCCCGGGGCACCAGCCGCCGGCGCUCCAGCACCGUGCCCCCUGCCUGCAGCCCCCGCUUCGUCGUGGAUAAGGUGCCCGCCCCACAGCCUGCCGCAGUCAGGGCGCAGCCUCUGGGCACACCCCUGCUGUUGGCUGGGAUCAUAGGCGUGCCCGAGGAGGAGGAUGUGGCUGCUGCGGCAUUGAGGGCCACGCAGCCGGGAGCCAAGAGACCGGGGUCCUCCUCACACCGGGGCACCCUCGUGCCCAUGCUUCGCUGCCUGCGCCGGCGCCGGCCCUCCGCCCCCCUGCUCCCUGCGGACGUGGUGUAUGACCGGGCCCUCUGGGGCCUGCACGGUUACUAUCGGCGCCUCAGCCAGCAGCAGCCCCCCGGCCAGCACCCUGGCCCUGGGGCCCGAAGAGCCUCAGGCACCACAGCUGGUGCUCUGAUGCCCACCCGUGUGCGCCCGCUGUCCCGCAGGCGCCAGGUGGCCCUACGGCGCAAGUCAGCAGGACCCCAGACCUGGAGUGCCCUGCUUGCGAAAGCCAUCACCAAGUCGGGGCUGCAGCACCUGGCACCCCCUCCUCCCACUCCCGGGGCCCUGUGCAGCGAGCCGGAGCGGCAGAUCCGGAGCACUGUGGACUGGAGUGAGUCCGCGACGUAUGGGGAGCACAUCUGGUUCGAGACCAACGUGUCGGGGGACUUCUGCUACGUUGGGGAGCAGUACUGUGUAGCUAAGAUGCUGAAAUCAGUGUCCCGGAGAAAGUGUGCAGCCUGCAAGAUCGUGGUGCACACCCCUUGCAUCGAACAGCUGGAGAAGAUAAAUUUCCGCUGUAAGCCGUCCUUCCGCGAAUCAGGCUCCAGGAACAUCCGUGAGCCAACCUUUGUGCGGCACCACUGGGUACACCGGCGACGCCAGGAUGGCAAGUGUCGCCACUGUGGGAAGGGCUUCCAGCAGAAGUUCACCUUCCACAGCAAGGAGAUUGUGGCCAUCAGUUGCUCCUGGUGCAAGCAGGCAUACCACAGCAAGGUGUCCUGCUUCAUGCUGCAACAGAUAGAGGAGCCGUGCUCCCUGGGCGUGCACGCUGCUGUGGUCAUCCCGCCCACCUGGAUCCUCCGCGCCCGCAGGCCACAGAAUACCCUCAAGGCAAGUAAGAAGAAAAAGAGAGCAUCCUUCAAGAGGAAAUCUAGCAAGAAAGGGCCAGAGGAGGGCCGCUGGAGACCCUUCAUCAUCAGGCCCACCCCGUCGCCCCUCAUGAAGCCCCUGCUGGUGUUUGUGAACCCCAAGAGUGGGGGCAACCAGGGCGCUAAGAUCAUCCAGUCCUUCCUGUGGUAUCUCAACCCCCGACAAGUCUUUGACCUGAGCCAGGGAGGGCCCAAGGAGGCGCUGGAGAUGUACCGCAAAGUGCACAACCUGCGGAUCCUGGCGUGUGGAGGCGACGGCACGGUUGGCUGGAUCCUCUCCACUCUGGACCAGCUGCGCUUAAAGCCACCACCCCCUGUUGCCAUUCUGCCCCUGGGCACUGGCAAUGACUUGGCCCGUACCCUCAACUGGGGUGGGGGCUACACGGAUGAGCCCGUGUCCAAGAUCCUCUCCCACGUGGAGGAGGGGAACGUGGUGCAGCUAGACCGCUGGGACCUCCGUGCUGAGCCCAACCCCGACGCGGGGCCAGAGGAGCGUGAUGACGGCGCCACUGACCGGCUGCCCCUGGAUGUCUUCAACAACUACUUCAGCCUGGGCUUUGAUGCCCACGUCACCCUGGAGUUUCAUGAGUCUCGAGAGGCCAACCCAGAGAAAUUCAACAGCCGCUUUAGGAAUAAGAUGUUCUAUGCCGGGACAGCCUUCUCUGACUUCCUGAUGGGCAGCUCUAAGGACUUGGCCAAGCACAUCCGAGUGGUGUGUGACGGGACUGACCUGACCCCCAAGAUUCAGGACCUGAAACCCCAGUGCAUUGUUUUCCUGAACAUCCCCAGGUACUGCGCGGGUACCAUGCCCUGGGGCCACCCUGGGGAGCAUCACGACUUUGAGCCCCAGCGGCACGACGAUGGCUACCUCGAGGUCAUUGGCUUCACCAUGACGUCCCUGGCGGCGCUGCAGGUGGGCGGGCACGGCGAGCGGUUGACACAGUGCCGUGAGGUGGUACUCACCACGUCCAAGGCCAUCCCAGUGCAGGUGGAUGGUGAGCCCUGCAAGCUCGCGGCCUCGCGCAUUCGCAUCGCCCUGCGCAACCAGGCCACUAUGGUGCAGAAGGCCAAGCGGCGGAGCACCGCCCCCCUGCACAGCGACCAGCAGCCCGUGCCUGAGCAGCUGCGGAUCCAGGUGAGCAGGGUCAGCAUGCAUGACUACGAGGCCCUGCACUACGAUAAGGAGCAGCUCAAGGAGGCCUCCGUGCCACUGGGCACCGUGGUGGUCCCCGGAGACAGCGACCUGGAGCUCUGCCGCGCCCACAUCGAGAGGCUCCAGCAGGAGCCCGAAGGUGCUGGAGCCAAGUCCCCCACCUCCCAGAAACUGUCCCCUAAGUGGUGCUUCCUAGACGCCACCACUGCCAGCCGCUUCUACAGGAUCGACCGGGCCCAGGAGCACCUCAACUAUGUAACUGAGAUCGCACAGGACGAGAUUUAUAUCUUGGACCCUGAGCUGCUGGGGGCAUCGGCCCGGCCUGACCUCCCAACCCCCACUUCCCCUCUCCCCACCUCCCCCUGCUCACCCACGCUCCGGUCACUGCCAGGGGAUGCGGUGCCCCCUAAAGGUGAGGAGCUGAUUGAGGCUGCCAGGAGGAACAACUUCUGUAAGCUCCAGGAGUUGCACCGAGCUGGGGGUGACCUCAUGCACCGGGACGAGCAGAGCCGCACGCUCCUGCACCAUGCCGUCAGCACGGGGAGCAAGGAUGUGGUCCGCUACCUGCUGGACCACGCCCCCCCAGAGAUCCUUGACGCUGUGGAGGAGAACGGGGAGACCUGUCUGCACCAGGCCGCAGCCCUGGGCCAGCGCACCAUCUGCCACUACAUCGUGGAGGCGGGGGCCUCUCUCAUGAAGACAGACCAGCAGGGCGACACUCCCCGGCAGCGGGCCGAGAAGGCUCAGGACACGGAGCUCGCUGCCUACUUGGAGAACCGGCAGCACUACCAGAUGAUCCAGCGGGAGGACCAAGAGACAGCCGUGUAGCAGGACGGACAGGGCCAGCCAGGGGAGGAGCCCCUCAUUGCCCACCUCACUGCCACAUUCCAGUCGGAUGACCACGGGGGGACCCGUGCCCCAGGGAAGGAGCCCCGUGCUGCCGCCUGUGGAGCCGCCCAGGCCUGGGGCUGGACUCUGAGGAGCUGGGGGGAUCCCACCUGUCCCCCUGAGGCCCCAGCCUGACCCGGGCCUGACAGGGGAACAGGAAACUGGACUGGAUCGGGCAGGCCUUUGGGGGACUGGGGUGGGACCACCUCAGGGCCACCAUCACCCUCCCUGCGGCGGGUGCCCUCCCUAGGGGUUAGGGGUAGAGGGGGAGGGCAGCGGGGCU